AGGGAGUUUGAACAGAAGGCCGGGGAUAUCGAAUCCAUCGCCAGUCUCCGGAGUUUGGGUGUUUUUCUUCGAGUCCCAAACUUGGCUACGCUUGCCGCGGGAGUGCGCGACGGUACAGGCACCGCAGAAGAGGGGGCGGAGAGUGGGGUGAGCUGCGGGCGUCGAGCAAACAAGCCUCGGUGUCGGCAGAAAGGACCUCGUAUACGUCGUGGCAGCAGCGCUGCGGCCGGUGCGGCGGCCAGGCGCACCCGUGCGUAUCAGAAGCCCGCGCCGUGUGCGGCCAUGUGGAGCGCCGGUCUCGUCUCCGUCUUCUGGGCCCUGGCCAACGGCCUCGAGUUGGAGCUUGCUGAGCGCUGGUACGGACGGCCCUGCUGCCAGCGAGCUCGACUGGAAGGAUGCCGCCGUGCAUGCCUGCAGGCGCGCUCAGCUGAGGACCUGGAACCAUGGUGUCGACGAAGCGACGAGCUUGACCUGCAGGUCUGCCUCGAGGGCCGUAGCGGGUUGGGCGCUCUGCAGCGGACCGGCCGGCGUGGUCUCGAGAGCUGCUGCGCCCUGGCCAGUACGGCAGCCUGUCGCCGUCGCGCGUGCAACAGAGCGCAAAGUGAACAGCAGCACAACGACAAGGAACACAGGGACCUUAGGAGACUACAACAGCAGCAGCACAGGCAAGAAGGGGGACAGCCGUGCGCCGAGCCCCAAGUCGUCCGAUGUCUGCGGAACGUCACAGCGACCAAGCAGCCACACAAGCUGCACUGUUGUGCCCAAGCACCAAGUGGACAAUGCCGAGACGCGUGCCUGCGAGUGCUGCGCCCGAAGGACGUUGCGGGCGAUGACGUCACUGGCGACGAAGAUGCGGUUGAUGCCCUGCUGGCCGGAGGGUGCGCCGCACCUGGUUUGCACGAGCGCUUGUGGCAGUGUCUGCUAGGCUGGCGCAGCGGACCGUCCUCGCAGCUGCUGCCGGCAGACGGAGCCAAGCUGCAGUGCUGCCUCAGGGCCGCCACUAUCGAGUGCCAGAGGAUGUGCCUACGGGCGUACGGAUCCGAGUGGGAGACUUCGUGGGAGGCGUUCCACAACCGCUGCCGCUACCAGCCAGCCGAAGCGGCCCUGCGACAGUGCCUCGACGACGUGGACGAGCCGUGCGAGCUAGGUUGCGGAGGACCUCUGAGCUUCUGCGCGCACCUAGGAGGUAGGCCGUGGUCGCUGUACCGACGGUGUGACGCCAGCGCCGACCGCGUUGCGCGGGAGAGCGCCCGACUGUGGAUGCGGAGCGGACCGCCGACGGCGAUGGACGGCGGCGCCCGGCGGGAGGCCACGACCUCGCCGUUGGGAGACUGUCCCGCGGACGCGUGGAGAGCGCUCGCCUGCACGCUCAACCUCAGACCCUGUCACGCCACGCACCACUCCAGUACUCUCUGCAGGGAGGACUGCCUGGCCCUGGCGGCUCGCUGUAAAGAUGGACGGCAGCUGGCACCUCUGUGCGACUCUCUGGCGCCUCCCGGAGCUCCCUGCUUCUCGAUUGUCGGGGUGGACACACAGCCAACAACAACGCCACCGGUGGCAGAGCCGGCGACUCAGCCAUGCAGAUCGCGGCCCUGCGGAAGCUCGUCCAUCUGCGUCGUGAACAGGCAUUGUGCUCCGGGACAGUCGUGCAGCAAGUACCGCUGUCUGAAAGGUUGCCCCGUGGGCUCUUCGUCGGGGACACUGGUGCCGCAAGGCUCCCCUGCGAGGCUGCCACGCGUGGAAGGUGGCCGGCUCUGCUGGAGCCAAUGCCGUUGCUCGGAGUCCGGUGCCUUGACCGAAUGCCUACACACCGGCUGCGAUGACGCCGCACCGAAGCAGUGUUGGCUGGAUGGACGUUCCCGCUCGCCGGGAAGUCGCUUUCUGGUGCACGGCUGCUUACGCUGUCGCUGCGACAGCAACGGUCACAUCAGCUGCACCAGGAAAGCUCACAACUGCCUUCUCCAUGACGCUCCCUGCGGCUGCCGUCCUGAAGAUGACGACGACGAAGGAGAGGUCUGUGGCGCCGACGGACGCACACACCGCAGCCCAUGCCUGGCCCGCUGUGCCGGUCUCACCCAUGGCCAGUGGGAACCGGGUCCCUGCCACCAGACGGAUCCGUGCGCAAGGCGACCCUGCCCUGCAGGAGCUCCCGUGUGCGUGGCAUGGAAACAUGCCUGCCUGGGUCCGUGCAAGCAGUUCAUCUGCAUCGGAAACGCCACAGGCGGAGAUUGCCGCGGCAGUGGUCCUGUCUGCGACACAGAGGGUCGAGAGCAUCCGAACAUGUGCACGCUGAUGUCGAAGCACGACGGGGACCCGAAAUCGUGGCUAGCGCACCUCGGCCCCUGCGAGCCAGGGUGCCGUGUGCGAGGCCCCGUGUGCGGCAUAGACGGCGAGACGUACCCCAGCGAAUGUGCGGCCUGGGCGCAGAGGGUGCUGGUCGACUACCGAGGACCGUGCCUACACAGACAUGGGAAGGAAGGCUGUGACCAGGUGCGGUGCCCGCUAAUGCCACCAGGUGGUUGUCAAGCGCUGCUGGCGCGGCUUCCCGGUACCUGUUGUCCCCACUGCGGUUGGGGCCUGCGGUUGGUCCUAGGGAGACCCUGGCGCAAUGGUAGCAGCGACCAGAAGGAAGAGCGGCCACUGUCCGAGCUGUUGUGGUGGCUCCGCACGCAACUGUCCAGCACCCAGUGCGACUUGUUCGGCCACCUGGAUCCAGCGCUCCCUGAUUUCCUCGUGUUGCUCGUGGUGCCAACAUCGUGGCCUGCCUCGUGGACCCUCUGUCGCGCCGAGGCGCAGCGCCUGGACGCCUUGGUGCGCGUGCGUAGCCCAGCGCUCUUCAGCCUCCUGCCCAUGGAAGCAGUGGCUGGUUCUGCGGGACUUCUGGACGAAACUGUGGAACAUGCAUCGUCAGCGCCUGGUGCCGGAAGACUCUCCACACACGCGUCUUUCUUAACUCUUCUGCUGCUUUCUUUGCUGUUAGCGGCUGCUUCCUGCCCAGCACCACUGUUUGGGCUGCAGUUCGUAGUCGAGUUGGCUGUAGUUUAUCGACAACUGUCAGUAUCUGCUCUGCGCCUCACGUCGCUUGAGGGAACUGUGGGCUACCGACGGACAAUAAGUGACCAAGUGCGGUAGCGCCAGUGAUCGCUGGACGAAAUCUUUGUCCGGAAACCAACGUCAGAGUGUGAAGCGAAGCUUGGACAACGCGCAUUAGCGAGAAAACGCUUCCCACAGAUCUCACACCAGAGCAAGGCUCAGACUCCUGGCCGUGUGUUCACUAGAUGUUCGAGUCCUAAUAUUUGCAUCUCACGUGAGUGCCCACGUGGGCCGCAGUAGUACACCAAAGAUAACUUUUCGCAAAGUGAAUCAUCCUGAGGUUUUCUAUCGGUUCGAAAUGGUCUCUCACAGUGACUCCGUCAUUGCAAUGCACAGAAGAGACUGGUGUAUCUGCCCAAGUGGCCAUCGUGGGUGUUGCAUCUGGUGUGAUGUACCUGUUUUCUCAUGGCAUUAUAGGAGAAACAGAAGCCGUCCGAAGAUUUAAGAAGCUGCCAGCGCGGGUGCCCUGGAGCAUACGCGGAAAUACCACGAUGUACCACCUCUACUGCCAGAACCUUCGUGACGUGCUUCGUGGUACUCCAUCUGGAAAUGACACUCAGUGGCCGCAGAAAGAACCCUAGUUUGUCCAACGACUCGUGCUACUUGAUAGUUUGUAAGGACCUUUUUUUUCUUGGUCACACAUUUGUUUCGUCUUCGUUUCUAAAUAGGAUACCAAUAAGACAUCAAGACGGUGCAAUAGUAUACCAAAGAUAAUCUUGAUUCGGUGGUUGUUUGACUAUUUUCUGUGACAAGCUACACGCACGUUUUAGAAAAAAAA